AUGUCGCGAUACAGAGCCUACGACAAGGACGAUGACGUCCCCGUCAUCGAGGACACGGGCGUUCGCGCGGCGUACACCACCGGAGACUCCACCUCGGCCGACUUUGCCUCCAUCGACCCGGAGAGCGGUGUGAAGCGCGGGCUGAAGACGAGACAUCUCAGCAUGAUGGCCUUGGCUGGUAUCAUCGGGCCGGGAUUGCUGAUUGGUGCGGGCGGCGCGCUUUCCAACGGAGGACCGGCAUCCCUGCUUAUCGGAUUUGCGGUGAUUGGUAUCAUCGCCUUCAGUAUCAUGCAGAGUCUCGGCGAGCUCACGACACUGUACCCGAGCGGCGGAGCUUUCACCGGUUUGGCUGACCGCUUUGUCGACAAGGCGUUUGGAGUUGCGUUGGGGUGGAAUUACUACAUCAUCUGGAUGUGCGUGUUGGCGAACGAGUACAACGUUCUGUCGAGCAUCUUUGUGUUCUGGAGCGACAAAGUGCCCCUUUGGGGAUACUUCUUGAUCUUCUGGACUCUCUUCCUCGGAUUUCAGCUUCUUGGAGUCGAGGCAUUCGGCGAGGCCGAAUUCUGGCUGGCUUUGUUGAAGUUGAUUGGUCUUGUGGCUUACUUCAUCUUCUCUAUUGUAUACGUUUCUGGUGGAAUUCCAGGACAAGAUGCAAUUGGCUUCCGCUAUUGGCGGGACCCCGGCGCUUUCACAGAUGGAUUUAGAGGUGUGGCCAAGGUCUUCGUCUUCUGCUCGACCUUCUAUGCUGGCUGUGAGUCGGUAGCAGUUGCAGCUACUGAGACAAAGAACCCUCGAGUUGCGGUGCCUCUAGCUAUUCGCCAGGUCUUCUGGCGCAUCAUCUUCAUUUACAUGGGCUCUGCAUUUUUCUUCGGCCUCACCUGCCCCGCUAACGCCGAUGAAUUGGUCAACGGUGGCUCCCGUGCUGUCAAGAGUCCAAUGACGGUUGCCAUUCAGAACGCCGGUUGGGAGGGCGGAGUCCAUCUCAUCAACGCGUUCAUCUUCGUCACCUACAUCGGCUCUCGAACGCUUCUGUACAUGGGCCAAGAUCGCAAGGCCCCGAAGAUUCUUGGUAAGACAGAUAGCCGUGGAGUUCCAAUCCCGGCAAUUGUCUUUACGAACCUCUGCGGAGCUCUAUCAAUGAUGAACAUUAGCACUGGUGCUAGCCAGGCCUACUCGUACAUCGUUAACCUCAGCGGCGUGUCAACCUUCCUUGUCUGGGGUUCGAUCUCGUUCAUCCACAUUCGCUUCCGCCAGGCAUGGAAAGCUCAAGGCCAUGCCGAAAGCUCUCUACCAUUUAUUUCAAUGCUGUACCCCUGGAACGCCUACUUUGGGCUGGCGGCCAACGUCUUCCUCGCGUUUGUUCAAGGAUGGACGACCCUGUCGCCUUUCGAUGCUGGGUCCUUCGUGGAUGCCUACAUCUUGCUGCCGUUGUUCCCUCUCAUCUACUUUGGCUACAAGUUCUGGUUCAAGACUCAUUUCUGGAGAGUCGAUGAGAUUGAUCUGCUCUCCGGCCGCCGUCGGGAUCUGGACAAGUCGCACGAGAUUGAGACGGGAGAAUAUGACUUGGACAGACUUCCGUGGUGGAAAGAAGUGCUCAAGAGCUUUUAG